AUGACGGCCUAUAAUGUCGCAAGUCUUUUACUGCAUGUUCUUGGUUCCGCAAAUCUAACAGCGCUUUAUCCAGAUGGCUUUUAUCCCAACGUCCUGAAGACUGUGCAGUUGACGGACAAUGUAACUCAUAUGUUUGUAAAUGAGAGCCGAUAUUUUAUUGAUGACAAUACGCCGAGCUUUCUCAAGUAAGUAGAGGCACAUAGGACGGAACAAAGGGCAUAUUCAUAUGUAUAAAUUUUUGAAGGGCAAUUUCCAAGUUUGGCAUGCUCUAGGAUUAUGUAGAAAUUCUUUAUCUGUCGAGAAAAUAAUGUGAAUUCAGCCAUCGCAUAGUCAGUUCGAUAAUGUGCGGCAUUUUUUACUUACAGGGGAAGUACCCCAAGUGCGACGCUCAGAUUUUGAUGAAACUUGGCACAAAUUUAGAAUAAUUUUUUCUAAGAUAUAUGCGAGAAUCCUAGCUCGCGCUUUGCAGAAACAACCGAGAUUUUUAGAUCGAAAGUCGGCGAAAAUUUAGGACUUUUUGCCGAAUUUCAGCACGAAAAGUUUCAUGCCAAUUUCUACCGUAAAGAAUAAUGUUUCUACAAAAAAUCACAUUUUUCCGCACGAAACUGCCAAAGUUAUGGCCAAAAAGCGUUUUUCCCUCUGACCGCUCUCCACGUUAGCGUGCUCGUUCGAUAUCUCGACGGCGCUUGCAAAGCGCGAGAUAAAAGUUUCAGGAAUUGAUAUUUAGUCCAUACCCGACGUGUGUGCAAAAUUUAAAGAAAAUCCGAGCAUCGCACUUGUGGUACUUCCCUUGUUAAACACAUAAGGAUAUACUCUUCGAGCACUGACCCUGUGAAUUUCAUGCCAUCAAAACAAUUAUCGUAUUAUAAAUAUGUGCAUAUUAUAAGACAGUCCAGCUCAUAUUUAGUUCCACAAUUGAAGUUUUCAAGCUGCCUCCAGUAGAUGUUGGGCCAAAGAAAUUGAACGAUAUCCAAUUGCUCUUCACCGAGCUCAAAAAUGGAACGAGAAUAUUUGGAUAUGUCAUCAUUGAGAGGAUAUCCAAAACGUAAGAGAUUUCUCCAUAUUAGCCAAGGGCUGACUCUGUAAUACAAUCAUGACUUUUAGUGGUUUCUAUGGGACAAUUAAUCCACCAAGAAAAGAAAUCAUUGAGCCCAUAUUUUUGAAUAUUUACCCCGAACGUGUUGAAAUGACCCGAGUUUAUGGUGAGUUUUGGAACAAUAAAGUGGUCCUCCAUCGAAUGGACAAUGUGAUCAUGCACAAAAACAUAGCUGAUAUUGGAAACACCAAGCGAUUAUUUACAUCUCUCAGUGGAGAAAGGGUACAUUUCUGUUUCGGUUCUUAUGUAAAUUCAUUCAGAAUUUGGGCAUCUACAAAUACUCGAAGAUUCGCGCGGAUAUUGAUGUUCUAUACUCCGCGGAGCAGUUUCGAUGGACUUGCGCCGAUGUGAAGAGAUACGAAUUGGUUAAAAAGCCGUGUGCCAAACAAAAAUUUGUGCUGCAAAAAUUUUCAACGGAGAAUGGAGAGGGAAAGAAGACUGUUUUCUUUCACACUGUAGGUCGGAUUUGUUGGGGAGAGCGGUCGUUUUAGUACCUUCUUGAGCAAAUGGCAUCAAUCCUCGAGACCGGCCCCGAUGGGUUUUUUGUUCAAUUCGUUGAAGAGCCGGUGCAAAACAGCUGGCUUCCUCUCUUCAUCGUGCUCAUAAUACUUGUUGGCCUACUUGUUCCGACUAUCCGAUACUUUUAUUUGCAAAGAUUCCCCAAACACUGCAGGGAUAACAACAGUGACACAAUCCUGUUGGAUUAA